UUUCCCGCGCUUUCACUACUGACAGAUCGCGUUCGAAAAUCAAAAUUAGUUUCUUUUUUAUUUCACUCACACAAUUUAUUUUUAAUUGGGUAUUUUAUUGUUUCCAUUUUUGUGUUGUUUAUGAUUCUUUGUUAUAGUUAUUUUGUGGAUUACUUGCCGUGAUUUUAAUAGUGCGUGUACAGUGAAAGACUGCAAUAAAAGAGGGAAAGCUGUUAGCUGUCAGCUGUCAAAAUCGUUGAGAUGGAGGCGAAAGUGAAAGAAGAGGCGCCUGAUAAGGAAUACACUCAACCUGCAGCCAAUGAGAGGCGAAAAUCCACCACAGCAGGCAAGGACCGGCGGUCUCCCGACCAGGAGGAGAGUCGCACGUCCCCCACCCCAGGACCCCCCAGCCCGCAGAAUAACGGAACCACAGCUCUGUCAUCAACGGAGUCGCUCUCCCCCCCACUAGCAGAAGGCUCCCGCGCUGCGCCCGCGCUGCAGCGCCUGCGCAGGUUCUUGUCCGCGCUGCACCACUUCGCCGGCGACGUCGGCGCCGAUUCCGGCGAGCGAGUGCGGCAGCUUAUUCAUAAUCUUGUUGCUGGCACGCUAAACAUCGAGGAGUUCCAGACAGGUGUUCAGGAGAGCACUAACUACCCGCUACGGGCUUCAGUACCAGGGUUCCUGCGCGCCCUGUUACCGCUAGCACAGCGUGAUCUACACGCUAGAGCACGUAGGGCUAAACAGACCCCGAUCCAGUACAUCAGGUGUCACGAGCAUCUGGUCCUGGAGUCAGGAGGCGACGGUGGCGACAUUUUUGCAGCCCAGCCCAAUACUGGAGACCAGCCCGGUGCCAAGAGGCGAGCCAGUGAUCCGUUCUACGACAGUCCCCAAACGAACGGCUCCCACGAGGAGUACCCACCACACCCGAAGCGGCCCAGUCUGUGGAACCCCUCACCCUUCCUCUACCCGUUGCCUAGCAACGCCAGUCUCUUCGACUACCCGCAGUACCACGGCUAUCACCCGCCGCCGGAGCCGCCCUUUGAGAGGCGAGACGGAGGGAUCUCAGUGCGCGACGUGUCCUCAAUGAACGCCUCCUUCUCCGAGCCGCGGCUGCCCGCGCCUGGAGGGCUGCUGAAGAGCGAUGAUGAAUGGAAGAACAUUAACACCAUGCUGAACUGUAUUCUCAGUAUGGUGGAGAAGACUAAGCGAGCACUCGCUAUACUGCAGCAGAGGGGUGUAGAGCCAACAGAGAGCACGGACAUAAAGCGCGUGGCGUCAGAGAUCAUGGCGGCGGCGGUGCGGCAGACGGAGGAGCGCGUGGCUGAAGUGCGCAGGCGCGCCGAGGACGCCGUCAACCAGGUCAAACGGCAAGCCCUCCUGGAGCUGCAGCGGGCGGUCGGCGCUGCGGAGUCCAAAGCUCUGGAGGUGGAACGCGGAAAGUUGAGACACAGCCCCCCUCCGGGGCGAGACCUCAGCCCUAACGCCGCCGGCCAGCAGAACUGCUGCUGGAAUUGCGGUCGCAAGGCGCAAGAGACGUGCUCAGGAUGCAACGCGGCGCGGUACUGCGGCGCCUUCUGCCAGCACAAGGACUGGGAAAACCAUCAUCAGGUAUGCAGCGGCCGCGACCAGAAACCGAUGGCUCUCCUGCGCAACUCACCACCAGCAACCCAAACAACUUUGUCCAAACCUCUCACGCGCUCAACCACGCCAAUCGCAACCAGCAGCAACCAGACCAAUCCGGUAACCACCGGAUCGGAGCAGAACCGGUUGUCUUUAACCACUUUGAAUUCAGCCGAGAGAAUGCUUAGUAAUCAGGACAGAGGUCUGACAAGCAGCACGGAUAGGAUUGCAUUAGCUACUCUGUCGAGUGCCCAAGGUCUGAUAGCGGGGAUUGGUGGGAAGAAAUGACGGCUGAACAGAGACAUCGUGGCUAAUGUCAGGCUUCCGAGGAAAGUCAGGAGAUAAACUGUCAAGGGUUUUGGAGUUGGUCAGAAAGUUGCGUGGAUAUUUCGGAGGCUAGUAAGAGAAGUUUAUGGAUUUGUUUAAUUAAAUCUGAGGAAUUAGCCAAAAUAGCUUAAACCCCGAACACUAAAAACAAUUUUAAAAAUCUCAUUCUUAUCGUGUGCCGCAUGUAAGUGCGAGCGAGUCACAGACCUUGUGCUCUCUCCCUUACUCCUUAGCGGAUUACGGUCAUUCAGACUGGAGUAAGACCCAAACUGGAUGAGGUCGGCGCCCGAUACGAAUUAGUGCGGGGCGGAGACUAAAUGUUCUAUGCGUAGUAUUAUUCUUUACCCAUUCUCAUUGUAACAGUACACGAAUGAAAAUGUACGGAAUUGACAACCGAGCUAGGCUUUGUGUGGUAACGAAAACAUUCCAAUUCUGGUCUUUUUAGAUACCUAAUCGAUCAUACUUACGGAUUUGAUCUAAUAUCAAGCAUCUGAUGCACAAUUAGUAUCUAAUUGCGAAACAAAUGUAUCGAUCUAUAAUCCUUCUUGUAAUAGGUGUGGUACCUACCUAUAGCUCUGUAAUGAAAUGUCAUAUCAUUUAAUAAAUACAGAUAGUAAAGUGUAUGCAGAUAAUAACUGUAAAAAAUGCGCUGUAAAUAAAAUGGAAGUCAAAAAGGCCACAUUGAAUCAAUUUAUCUCAAAAAGCUAAUUUGCUAUUUGUCAUUUAUUGAGAUUUAAAUAUUGCUUUUUAAAAUUCUGAUACGGACGCGACUUGAACCCGCAGCCACCACCGGGUCCUCCUCCUGUCCAAGCGAAAUUCUUCCGAUUAAGCCGAUGCGACGUCUUGACAAGAGCUGCCAGUUCAAGACCCGUCCGAGUCAGAAUUUUUUUCGAUUAAAAUUUUCUCUUUAUGUGUUUCUCUAAGCAUGAGUAAAUUCUAUAAAAACAAAAAUCAUUUUUAACAAUGUAGCCUUUUUAGACCCCUAUUCAGCAUUGAUUUGGAGAAUGCUACACCGAGCGUGGCUCUUAAAAAAAUGUUCAGCAAUAAAAAUCUACCAACUUCAGAUCAAUGUCUACCAAAAAAAAAGUUACUCUAACCAAAGAAAAUUGUAAAUAUAUUAGCUUAAGUACAUUUUCCAUUGUAAAUAAAUUCAGUGCCAUAAUAAUGAUUAUGAUAUUACUGAUGAAAAUAUGAUGAUAUAAAAUAAGGGUCAUAGCUCACCGAGAGGUCAUGCGCAACGUAAUAAAAUUAUCGAUCGAUUCAAUAAAUUUUGUCGAAAUCGAUAAGUUUGUUUCUUUCCCUAACAUGCGAGUCACGUGAUUUCGUUUGCAUUUUGACAGAACGACAUGACUUAUUUGGGUUCACAUAUUAGCGCCAAUCGACAAAACGACAUAAUUAUAUCGUCAGAAUCGAUAAAAUGACCGUGACAAAAUUUUAUCACAUUGCGCAUGUUAGCCCUACAGAUCAUUCCUAACGCUCUAACCACUAGACCACGUUUGGCGACGUGACCCUUGGCGUCUCGCUAAGUUAUGGCCAGUGAUAGGGAUAUACAGUCAUAAGCAAUAUAAUGUACCCACUUGAGGACUCUGUCGCACUAACAUAUUUGACAUUUAGUGAGACUUACAGUUCAAUUGUCAAAAAAGUUAAUGUGACAUGGUACCAAAGUGUAUACAUAUUAAUGCUCGUGACCGUACCAUUUGGGGUCAAUAACCCUGAAUGUUGUGGUUAAUAUGGAUAUGCCCGCGAGAUUUGUGAGAUUGCGAGAUUACGUUACAUUAUAAUAUUGACUUUUUCUUGUAAAGUGAACUGUUUGGGAUAACAUAACUACAAUCCUACUAUACUUUAAAUGUGAAAGUUUGUCGAUACAGACAAAUAAUUAAGACAAAAAAACACAUAUUAUACAGGGUCGCAAAAUUCAUGACUUUUUUAGUUUUUUUUUAAUUAUUUUCUAUUCUAUAUUUUUGCGACGGAAAAUUCCAUUUGAUAUCAACUCAGAAUCAGGGUCUGAAUCAUCCCUCAAAGUUUUCGUUACGAUGUCACUAACACCCUGUAUAUUAAUAAAAUGUAUUUAUUGUUCCAAACAACUUAAUAACUAUUGGUACAUUUAGACAAUACUAGAAGAUUAACAAUUUUAAAGCACUGCUAGUGCUUACAAUAUGUACAACCUAAUACAUAACAUACGAAAUACUAAAAUAAUUAACAUAAUAAAAAUAAACGUUUAAUAAAGAUUCCAAUAUCGUGUUGCGAGAUCUUUAUCCAUAUAUCCUGAGAGGCAUAUCCUGUUUUUUUUUUUGACGUGACUUAUUGUAGAUUUGCCGCAGAUGGAAUUAACUACUUGGCCGGACAAACGGGGAGCGCUGAAAGCUCUCACCCGGUACAACUUUUAAGACAACAGGCCUGAGGGUGCCCAGUUGGAGACAUAUCCAUGUUAAGACAAAUUUCGCAAAUGGCCCUACCUAUCCCUAGCACUAGUUAUGGCCCUCACUUCCACAUUAUAAUCCUAUCAAUGCACUAUGUAAAUAUCUUAAAUAAUUAUGUACGAAACAAUCGAAUAAAUUCCCAUCACCUCUCAUCUCCAUACACAAAGGCGAUAUGUACGGUCACAAGUAUAUUGUAUACACUUUGAAACCAUGUCACAUUCACUUUUUUGACAAAUUAAACAGUAAGUCUCAUUAAAUGUCAAAUAUGAUAGUGCGACAGGGUUCUAAAGUACAUGAUAAUUAGUUACAUCGUAGUGUCACAGAUGCGAAUUCUGGCUUGGGCUCUAAACUACUGAAUCCGACUUUAUUAGUUUGAAUGAGGAACUUUCCAAUCGACGUUCCCCAAACACACGAUAGAUGGCGUUGUUCACUUUUAACGUAACAAUGACCUAUUUUCUCAUUGCUGGGGUAUAAUAUAUCAUUAUUCAAAACUGUAAUGUAAUGGCAGAA